AUGAGUGAUGAAGAAUCAUAUAUCGAUGACAAAGAGGUCAUUGAGCGCUCUCAGCAGGGCGACAAGGCGUACAACUUGGUCGCCAAGAACCUGGAGCCCUUUGGCAAUGAGGACAAGGCUGAGGUCAAGUAUAGAACUAUGAAAUGGUGGCACUGUGGAAUGCUUAUGAUUGCAGAGAACGUUUCGGUGGGAAUUCUAUCCCUGCCAUCUGCAGUCGCUACCCUAGGAAUGGCUCCUGCUGCUAUUAUGAUUGUGUUCAUCUCUGCUCUAUCAUGGUAUACUGGCUAUGCCCUUGGUCAAUUCAAGCUCCGUCACCCUCACAUUCACAGCAUGGGUGAUGCUGGCGAAAUCUUGAUGGGCCCAAUCGGUCGUGAACUGAUGGGAAUUGGUCAGCUGCUUCUACUAAUAUUCCUCAUGGCGAGUAAUAUUUUGAUGUUCAAUAUUCUGAUGAAUGUACUCACUGACCACGGCACCUGCACUCUUGUCUUUGGUGUCGUUGGAUUGAUCAUCUGUUUCUUGGGUGCCUUGCCACGAACGAUGGACAAGGUCUAUGUGAUGUCUGUUGUUUCAUUCAUCAGUGUUUUCGUUGCAACAAUGAUCACCAUGAUCGCUGCGGGAGUUGAGAGUAAAGGCCACAUCCAAAAUCAAGCUACCACGAAUGUCAGCUUCCGUGAGGGCUUCUUGGCAGUCACUAAUAUCAUUUUUGCCUACCUCGCCCAUGUUGCCUACUUCGGCUUUAUGUCCGAGACCGAAGACCCAAGAACUUUCACCAAGUCACUUGCAAUGCUUCAAAUUGUUGAUACGGUGCUCUACUUGAUUAGUGCUUUGAUUAUCUAUCACUAUGUCGGCCCCAAUGUUGAGUCACCGGCCAUCUCAUCUUUGAGCCCCUUGAUGAGCAAGAUUGCCUGGGGACUUGCUAUUCCAACGACCAUUCUUUCUGGAGUCGUCCUAGGCCAUGUUGCUUGUAAAUACAUCUACGUGCGCAUGUUCCGUGGAUCCGAUGUUAUGAAUAGUCGGAGCUUCCUGUCGAUUGGGAGCUGGGUCGCUAUUUGUCUCGGAGUCUGGGUGAUUUCGUGGGUUGUGGCUGAAUCUAUUCCAGUGUUCAACGACUUGUUGAGUCUUAUUAGUGCCCUAUUCGGAAGCUGGUUUAGCUUCGGUUUCCCUGCUAUUUUCUGGCUUCAUAUGAAUCAAGGCCAGUACUUCAAAAACAUCAAGAAGUCGUGUUUGACAAUUUUGAAUAUCUUAAUCUUGGCUAUUGCCUGUGCUAUCUGUGGCUUGGGCCUUUGGGUAUCAGGAGCCGCGAUCCACGAUGACACUAGCUCGAGCAGCUGGUCUUGUGCUGCAUAA